CAUCAUUUUCUUUUGCAAUCAUUCAUUUCAUUCGCAUCGUUAGUAACCGCUCUACACAACCGAAGACAAAUGUCUGGCCGUGGCAAAGGAGGCAAAGUUAAGGGGAAGGCAAAGUCCCGCUCAAAUCGCGCCGGAUUGCAGUUCCCAGUCGGUCGUAUUCAUCGUCUGCUCAGGAAGGGUAACUAUGCAGAGCGCAUUGGUGCCGGUGCACCAGUGUAUUUGGCUGCCGCAAUAGAAUAUCUCGUUGCUGAAGUGCUUGAGUUGGGAGGAAACUUCGCCCGUGACAACAAGAAAGUAAGAAUCACUCCACGUCAUCUGAAGUUGGCCAUUAUCAACGAUGAGGAGUUGAACAAACUUCUGUCUACGGUGACCAUUGCCCAGGGUGGUGUACUACCUAACAUUCGGGUCGUGUAUUCGGAGAAGAAGCCCGAAAAGAAAGAAUAAGUCCUGGGAGCUAAUUCUAUUGUCCAACGUAAAAUGAUAAAACCGUCCUUUUCAGGACGACCAUAAGAUAUACAACGAAAGAGUUAUUUCAGAAAUCAGUUUUAUAAUACAGUCGGCAGUACCCUAGUAAGAUGAUGUUACCCAUUUUACGCCCAAUUUUCCAGCUAUUAAUUUAAUUAUAUACUAAAAACUCAACUGUGUAACAGAAAAAUUUUAGGGAAUAAGAGAAAAGAGAAUUGAAAUAUCAGAAAGAGCGAUUUCCAAGCUAUCUGUUAAGGGUGUUGAUGUGCGUGGGUGGAUGCAGAUAGGCCCAACAGAUGUAGAUUCAUGUUUGUUUACAAAAAGCAGAUAGGCCCUUUUCAAAAGUUAUACAAGAAUUGUGAUGUGCGUAAAGUGGGUGGUAGCGUCUUAACCCAUGAUGUUGGGGUCAAUGUGACCCAGACAGGCACGCUGAAUGUGCACUACGCCUUCAUGGUGCGGAAAUCCUAACAUCUUAGGAGGGUUACGUAUUACAGAUAGGACUACAUUCCGAAGACAAAAAUCGAUUUUAUCAUGUUUCAAAAUCAUUUAUUCAGUUAUUUAUUUAUUUCUCUAACAUAAGUAUGUUUUUUAUAAAUUGAUAUCUCAUAUUUAGUAAAACUAUUAGUUUAUGGAAAAUCGAACGAAAAAUUAGUUAUACAUUUAUCGAAUCAUGAAAAUUUGUACCUUACAGCCACUGUAUAGGAAUACACAGCAAGUUUAUUCAAUGUUUUUCUAUUAAUUUAACGCCACUUAUACCGGAGUUUUUUUUCGCAAUUGUUGAAAUUAAUUGCACAAUUUCCCAUAAACAAAAUAAAGAAUAAGGGAUUCACUUCAUCAGUAAUAAAAACCGGAUAUCCUAUCUGUGAUUGGCAAAUCGCGAGAUCACGCGUCACCGAUUUGGUGAUAUCACCAAAUAUCGCAGCUUUGGCCAAAUGGGACAAA